CUUUUGUUUAACUUAAAAUACAAUGAUUUCAUUAAAUGAUAUAUUUAAUGAGGAAAUCGGUAACGAGUAUGUAUUCACUGACCAAUCCGUGUCGUCAACCAUUGCGGAACAGUCUUCGUAUAUACCCGGCUUAGAUUUGGUGCCACUGACACCCAUACCCGUCCCAUCCCAUGCCUAUAAGCCAUGUGACGAUGUGUCAGCACUGAGACAGUUGUCAAUGGAUAGCGAGGACAGGACUGACGAAGAGGAACAGUAUGUG